AUGCCAUCUUCCGAUCCUCCAACCAUUGCCGAAACCACUCCGUCAGACUCUCCAGCAGCGCAAGCUCAAGGGAAGCCACAAGGGAAGAAUGGAGAUACGAAGCCGGUAAACGCACAAGAUGCGCCUGCGACGGGAGAUGCAAAAAUGUCCAAUGCAGAGUUGAAGAAGCAGGCGAAGGCAGAGAAAGCUGCUCGGCGGCAGCAAGCUCUCGCAGAGAAACAAAGCGGUGCACCUCAGGUCACGAUUUCAGCAGUACCAGGUCCACAGCAGAAAGCUGAGCAACAAAAGGGCGGCAAAGGCCAGCAUAAGAGAGGCGCUUCGACUUCAGUGGAUGUGAGGAGUCUGCCCGUCAGAGGGGCACCAGCUGUUCCUGCGAUUCCUGCGCAGCCCAAAAAAGAAGACAAGACGGUCGAAUUUUUCAGGCAUUUGUAUAAGCAGAGGACAAGUACGAUUGCAGGCGCGAGUAAGGAAGUGCAUCCUGCGGUGUUAGCUCUGGGACUGCAAAUGAGCAAUUAUACCAUUUGUGGGAGUUGCGCUAGGCUUGUCGCGACACUGCAAGCUUUCAAGAGAGUUAUUGAAUCAUACACUACACCUCGAGGUACAUCCUUGACGAGACAUCUUACAUCACACGUUCUCUCACCUCAGAUUGAGUACCUGUCGUCGUGCCGGCCAAUGUCAAUAUCUAUGGGAAACGCGAUCCGUUGGUUGAAGCUUGAAGUAUCGAAGGUCGAUAUUAGUACUCCAGACUCCGAGGCGAAGGAAAAUUUAUGCGACGCUAUUGACAGAUUUAUCCAGGAGCGAGUCACGUUUGCCGAUCAGGUUAUUGCUACCAGCGCAGCGGACAAAAUUAGAGAUGGGGAUGUGAUCAUGACAUUUGCAAAAAGCAGCAUCGUCCAGCGAUCUCUGGUUGAGGCACAUAAUGCUGGGAAGAAAUUCAGAGUUAUUGUAGUAGACUCACGACCAUUACAUGAGGGAAAGCACUUGGCAGCGUCUUUGGUGACUCUGGGGCUGGAAGUCAAAUACUGUCUGAUCAAUGGGCUUAGUCACAACAUACAGGAUGUGACGAAAGUGAUGCUGGGAGCUCAUGCGAUGCUAAGCAAUGGCCGCUUGUUUUCGAGGGUGGGAACCGCUCUUGUGGCUAUGGAAGCCAAUGAUGCAGACAAGCCAGUAUUGGUUCUUUGCGAAACCAUAAAAUUUACGGAAAGAGUGGCUUUGGACUCGAUUGUUCACAACGAGAUAGCUCCAGCGGACGAGCUCGUGAUACCUGGUGGAGCUCUUGAGAAGUGGGAAGACAUGAAGAAGCUUCAACUCUGCAAUCCGAUGUACGAUGUCACUCCGGCCGAGUAUAUUCAGAUGAUUGUCACAGAAUCAGGGAACGUGCCGCCAACUUCAGUUCCGGUGCUACAUAGGCUGGGCAAUGAGAGCCAGGGCUAA